AUGAAUAAGGACGACGACUUGAUGUACACAAAAUCACGAGCAACCGCACAAGAGGUCUUUGAGAGCUAUGUUAAAGCCAGCAGUAGAGUAUACCGCUGGGAUGACAAUGAAGUCAAGGGUUUCAACAGAAAUGUGAGUGAGAGCUACAUCCUGGACUUUUACAUGGCAUGGAAAGUGAACGGAGGGCCUCCACUCGGGGUGGGGCAACAACGUCUAGAAGACAUCGAGCGGGUUAUUCCAAGAGAAGUCUUUACAAAGGAGAUGGCACAUAUGGUAAUGGAGGACCUCUUAGCUCCGUUGCUAGCGGUGCGCACUCAGAUGUGGGAUAUUCGAAAGACCUCCAUCUUGGAUCGCCUUGGACACCACAGCUUUGCCUUGAUUGAUUAUGAGGGCCGAAAGGCGCCUAUCGACAUCAUUGCACCGAAAAGCAUUGGAGUUAAUGAGGGCUGGGAAAAGUUGAGAUCAGAACUCCUGGACGCAUUCAUGAAAACCCCUCAGUCCAUCAGCGCACCGGUGAUUCAGAUGGUGAUAUCCCCCACCUCCCCAACCAAUCAGGGAAGUUCCGUCACGAGCACAAGUACCAUGCAUGCAACUGCGAGCAAGGUCUCUACGCCAGCCCAUUCCAGGGCUCAUUCUGUAUCAGCGGGCCGUUUCGUCAGCAAGAGUAAAGGCAGUUCUCAACCCCCACUUUCCUUCAAGAUGCCGGAUCCAGCCUCUAUAACGUCCACACCGAUGCCCCCAGGUCCCCCUACAGAUUCGAAGCUACGGACCGUGUCUGAUUCAUCUAGCCUAUGGGAAAGAUUUGACAGCGAAAGCCCAGAUGCAGACGCAGUGUCUGAGCAUGUCCUAAAGGUUUCACGUGCAUCGAGUGUAAUUGUGCCAAGCAACGCCAGCCGUCAGCCCAUGGUUCCAGUCAAUCCCACCCCUGAGCCAUCGGCGUUAACUCAAGCAAAUGUGGCAACUCUGCAGUCAACAUAUGAGUUGCCUAUUCCAAGCGUCACAUCCCCAACAAAGGACUCAACAGUCCCACCAGCCAGUACACCCAUGUCAUCAUGUUGUGCCGUCGAGCCUCAUGAACUUCCUGAUAAGGAUCGCCAGCUUACCGACACAGAUAUACACUUCAUUGUUCUUUUGGCUCGAUCUGAGGAGUUCAACGAAAUCAGCUAUCGUGAUAUGCUGGUUAAACGCUUCGACCGUACGCCAGCUGAGGCAUACUUACUUGCAAAGGUGGCAGCUGCAAACCGAGGGGCGUAA